UAACUCGAAGCAGCCAAGUUGUUUGGCCAAAAAAGGAAUCUAAAUGUUUUCUUAAACGAAGUAUUUUCCUAUGAUUUCUUAUCUCUUUCCUUUCUCUCUCUCUGAAACCAUUGGUGGCUUUGAAUCUGGGUUUUUGCAAAGUGUCAGUACCAAAUAUUAAAAACAAGACUUAGAAGAAUAGUCUCGUCAGCCUUGAAGACCAUAAGGAAAAAGAGGGGUUGGGGUUGGAGGGGAACAAGGAAGACGAAGGACACAGUACAGUACAGUUUGUUUUGGUUUUUCUUGUUGAUUAUUUUCGGGGAAAAUGACGAGGCAGAAAAUAGAGAUAAAGAAGAUAGAUAACAUAACAGCGAGACAGGUGACAUUCUCGAAGAGAAGAAGAGGGCUUUUCAAGAAAGCUCAGGAACUCUCCACUCUCUGCGAUGCUCAGCUCGCCCUCAUUGUCUUUUCUUCCACUGGGAAGCUCUAUGAGUACUCCAGCUCAAGUAUGCAGCAAGUGAUCAAACGGCAUAGUUUGCAAUCAGAAUAUCCUGAAAAGCCGAGGCAACCAUCUUUUGAUGAGCUUCAGAGACACGCCCUUUUGACUAGGGAAGUUGCAGAGAAGACAAUGGAGAUAAGGCAUAUGAAGGGAGAAAAACUGGAAAACCUAAACCUUGAAGAGUUAAAGAGACUAGAGAAAAUGAUUGAGACAGGCUUGGACCGUGUUAUAGAAACUAAGGAUAAUAAGUUUCUUCAAGAAAUCGAUUCUCUUAAGAGGAAGGGAGUCCAGCUUUUUGAAGAAAACAAGCAUUUGCAUCAGCAGAUGGCAGGAACAAGUGUAGUUCCAAUAGAUGUAGAAAUAUUAGAGCAAGGCGAAUCGUGUGAAUCAAUCACUGCCAUCUCCAAUCCUGAAGACCUUGAUAGCUCGGACACUACUCUUAAAUUGGGCUUACCAUUCCCUGGGUCAAGCUGAAGAUGUGAAGAGUUUAAAGUAAGUGGGAGGUUUUAUCAGUACAUAAAUUAGAGAGAGACGUAGUACUAUAUAUUUUUUAUUAAUUAAGUUAUGAAAUUUCAAGGUAAAACUCUUUUUAGUACUUAUUAAUAUUAGUUCCUGGAGAGAACAUAAUAACUUUAUGCACUACUCUCUUAUAUAAUGCCUUUAUAAUUUUUAAGGUCUAUCUGUACAAAAAUUCUAUACGAAACCUUACAUUAUUUUUUUUUUAAAUAUCUUUCCCAAACUAGUAAUCUACAAGAUAAUCAUGUUAUAUGGUGAACUUUAUUGUUUGCAAUAAACUUAUUAGUCUCAUGA